GUUCCUCCUCUCCUCCCACUUUAGUCAUGUAAGGACAGGACUGGGCGGGGCAGAACUGUCACACAUGAAUCGGGGGUAAAGGUCGGUCGGGAAGUAAGUCUGCACCUCCAACUACACCGGCAGUAGGUGACAAGUGAGCGAUGAAUCCCGAUCUGAGCAGGGAGAGGGCCACUGCCUCCUUCAACCCGGAGACCAUCACAUAUAUCCUGGAUGGGAGCACGGAGAGGACCCGCAGGAGGAGAGAAAUUGAAAGCCUAGUGAUCAACGACCCCGACUUCCAGCAUGAAGACCCCAACUUCUUGUCCCGCAGCGAGCGCUAUGAGGUGGCCAUCAAGAAAAGUGCUCAGAUGGUGCAGAAGAUCCGACAGCACGGGAUAUCAGACCCCGAGGAAAUCUACUGGUUCAAGAGAACAUGUUUGGGCUCUCAGACGGAUCCCUUGGGCUUACAUUACAGUAUGUUUUCCAACAUGCUGGCAAGCCAGUGCAGUGAAUCACAGAGAAUCAAGUGGCUGCCUCUUGCCCACAGACUACAAGCCAUUGGCACCUAUGCACAGACCGAGCUGGGGCAUGGAACCCAUCUGCGAGGGUUGGAGACAACAGCCACUUUUGACCCGUCUACGCAGGAGUUCAUUCUGAACAGCCCCACUGUGUCCUCUAUCAAGUGGUGGCCCGGAGGGUUGGGUAAGACCUCUAACCAUGCUGUCGUACUGGCACAACUCUACACCCAAGGAGAAUUGAAGGGCCUUCAUGCCUUUAUUGUUCCUAUUCGUCAGAUGGGUACCCAUGAGCCUUUGCCAGGUGUCACUGUUGGAGAUAUCGGGCCCAAAUUUGGGUUUGAUGAAACGGACAAUGGAUUCUUGAAAUUUGAUAAAGUCCGUAUUCCCCGGGAGAACAUGCUGAUGAAAUAUGCACAGGUUGAACCAGAUGGAACAUAUAUAAAGCCACUCAGUGAUAAGCUGACCUAUGGCACCAUGGUUUUUAUCCGCUCCAUGAUUGUAGGGGACUCUGCACGCAGCCUUUCUAGGGCUUGCACUAUUGCUGUCCGCUACAGCGCUGUACGACAUCAAUCUGAGAUCAGAGCUGGAGAGCCUGAGCCACAGAUCAUGGACUUCCAAACUCAGCAAUACAAGUUAUUCCCUCUAUUAGCAACAGCAUAUGCAUUCCAGUUUGUGGGUUCAUACAUGAACCAAACAUACCAUAGAAUAACAGGAGACAUCCAGCAAGGGAACCUGAGUGAACUUCCAGAGCUCCAUGCCCUCUCUGCUGGAUUGAAAGCCUUUACUACAUGGGCUGCAAGCUAUGGCAUAGAAGAAUGCAGGAUGGCAUGUGGGGGGCAUGGAUACUCUCGUAGCAGUGGAAUCCCUGACAUUUAUGUGACUUUUACUCCAGCUUGUACGUAUGAGGGGGAGAACACAGUGAUGAUGCUGCAGACCGCUAGGUUCCUGUUUAAAAGUUAUUCUGCAGCUUUGUCUGGAGAACGGCUUGAAGGAAUGGUCUCCUACCUCAACGAUGUGUCCUUGCAGCGGGUGCAGGCUCAGCCCCUGGCUGGACGGUCCUUGAUGACAGACAUCAAUGAUCUGGGAAGUUUAGUGGAAGCCUAUAAACACCGGGCAGCAUGGUUAGUGGUGGCUGCAUCCAAAAAUGUCCAGUCUGAUCUGAAACGUGGAAAACGUAAAGAAGAUGCUUGGAAUAAAAACUCAGUUGACUUGGUCAGGGCCACUGAAGCACACUGUCAUUAUGUGGUAGUUAAGCUUUUUGUGGACAAGCUUGCUGAGAUCCUAGAUGUGGCUGCUCACCGUAUAUUGAGCUCGCUCUGUCUCCUCUACACCCUGCAUGGAAUCAGCAGAAACACUGGAGACUUUUUGCAGGCUGGCCUUCUAACAACUUCCCAGCUGGAGCAGAUACAUCAGCGGAUUAAGGACCUGUUGGCAGUAAUCCGGCCUAAUGCUGUAGCUCUGGUGGAUGCAUUUGAUUAUACGGAUACUCAGCUGGGCUCUGUACUUGGGAGAUAUGAUGGGAACGUGUAUGAAAAUAUGUUUGAAUGGGCAAAGAAAUCACCCCUGAAUAAAACACAGGUUCAUGAAUCUUUCCACAAAUAUCUGAAACCUCUUCAGUCCAAGCUGUAAUUCGCCUUUUACUUAAAGAACGGAAACAGGACCAGCACGAUUCAUUGUAUAUUUUAUUUUAAAACUUUCCUUGCUAAGAUCUUUUCUGCCAUUAAAUUCCCUGAAAUUGUUUGAUAGGACAGGGUUAGUCUACAGGAAUGGUUUUCGGGAUAUUUUCCCUUCUACUAAUAUCACUGUCUAUUUCCUACAGUCCCGCUGUCAGCAUCUGCUGAGUGCCACGGCUAGUGUAUGUUUUAGCUGUCAAAUCAUAAUGACAUACAUGCACGUCGCAAACAUUUUUUUUGAUUUUAACACCCUCCCCCUCCACAUUCUAGGAUAUAAGCUUGGGUUAAUGGAGGCUCUAUCAAGACCGUGUAAUUUAUAGUUAAUACAUUUUUUCUUGUGUAAAAUGUCUUAGAAUUUGUUAAAUGUUUUAGACCAGUGUUUCCGAACUUACGGCUCUCCAGCUGUUGCAAACCUCCCAACUGCAAGCCUUGGGCUACCCAGGCAUGGUGGGAGUUGUAGUUUUGCAACAGUGGGAGAGCCACAGGUAGAAGAACACUGUUCUAGACAGAUGGUAAUUACUGUAAUAUUAAUUACUGUAGCAGCCAUCACUAGGCUGCAGGGCUAAUAAAUGAUUGUCAGGUCACCAUACUAGAAACUGUAAUUUAAUAUAAUAAUUAAUGAUGUAAGUACCCAAUAAGAUACCUUUUAUAUUCCUAUUUGUAUGU